CUGUUAGCCAUGAAGAUCAUAGUUUUGUCAGCAUGGCUCACGCUCUUGGCCUACAGACUCUCAUCAUCAAGAAGAAGAAGAAGAAAGCAUGUACAAGUUCGUCAUCAUCACAACCAAAUCGGUGAACUACCGGAUUGUGUCCUGAUCUCCAUCCUCACGCUCCUGCCGGUCAAGGAUGCUAUUCGGACCAGCGUCUUGUCCAAACGGUGGACGACCCUUUACAAAUUUGUCGUCCACCUCAACCUCCACUGCCAUCACCUCGAUGAUGACCGUUAUAGAUUUGACAUCAGCUUCAUCACUCGUCGCCUUUUUAAAUCGAGCGCGAUCGAUAUCCAUCACAUAUCCUCAAAGUAUUUCGACUCCCGUCGUGGUUCUAAAAUCCAUAGUCUUGUUUUCUGUUGUUGUCUGAUCAAAUCACACCGCUACCCCUUUCCAUACAUGGGAGGAUUCCGGGCACUCCUUAAAUAUCUAGAUAACACAGCCGGCAUCAAGAAACUUGUUGUUCAAUGGUGUUGUUCGGCACAGCCCUGCUGCCGUUAUUCGUUUUCUUGGGUCCACCUUCUUUCCUGUAUGCCCUGCUUGCGGUACUUGGAGUUUAAAUCGAUCUACACCUGGCCGUGCUUGCCCAAAUUGCAUACUAAUAUGUCCCUCCGGAAUAUGAGGUUGAGUAAAGUUACUCUACUCGACGGGGCACUAGACCUCAUCCUGUCGGCUUGUUUGGGCCUCUGCUCAUUGAGGAUGGAUUACUGUGAGUUUCGUUGUUCGAAAUUGCAUAUACGUGGGCCCAACCUUCGACUGGAGCAUCUCAACAUCGAGGAGUGCAGAGGGGUGCAGGAGAUCAAGCUGUGUGCCGACAAUCUUGUUACGUUUGAGUUCCAGAGCCGCAGUAAAGUAGUCGACCAUGUCCCUCGGCUGCAGAGCAUGUAUUAUGAUGUCUUUCAACAAGACGUUAUGUAUCAUGUUUGUGUUAGACUUCCCUCUGAAUUGCCUACCAAUCAGCUCAAGUCGUUAGCUUUGGUUAACAAAUACGAUAUCAGUAAACAUGUUAUUCAUUUGGUUAGCAAGCUUGCUCGGACUAACACAAAUAGUAACCUUAGACAAUUAAGGUUGCGGUUUUCUCAUACAGCCUACACGACUAUGCUUCUGGGGAUAAUUCCACUUCUUCGGACUUGCCCGCGCUUACUCGAGUUUCACUUGGAUACUGAAUCUGUGGAAACUGAUGGUCCUAAAGCAAUGAGACCACCGACAGCAGAAACUCAUUCACACUUGAAAAAAGUGGAAAUAACAGGAUUUUGUGGAUUUAUAAACGAAAUCGAGUUUGCGUUGUACAUCCUUGAAAAUGCAACCUGUCUGGAGCAAAUGCAGAUAAGCCGGUGUCCCAAGUGGCACUCUGACAAGCCUCGGUGGUGUCAACAAACACGGGAAAACAUCCGCCAACAGUUGCAAGGCCGAGCUCUUUCGGAGACCGCACGAGUAACUAUUCGACAUUUUCCUGCCUACGAUGGUACUUGGUCGAAAUGCGAGACUGAUUAUGAUAGUCAUUGUCCUUGA